AUGUCGCGAGGGGACUUUGGCGGAUGCCUCCUGCUGCGCUUCACCGAGGGCUCCUUCGAGCCGUGCCUGAAACCCACGAUCGGUGUCGAUUUUAAAGUGAAGAAGAUGGUGGUGGAUGGUCAUGCAGUCCAGCUCGCAAUAUGGGACACAGCAGGACAAGAGCGCUUUCGAACACUGACUCCCAGCUACUACCGAGGAGCCCAAGGGGUUGUUCUAGUGUAUGAUGUUACAAGAAAAGACACUUUCACAGGACUGGAAGGCUGGUUGAAUGAGCUGGACAUGUACACUACCAGAAGCAACAUUGUGAAGAUGGUAGUUGGCAAUAAAACCGAUAAGCCUGAUCGUGAAGUAGAGAGAAGAGAAGGGCUUCAGUUUGCUAGGAAACGCUCACUGCUCUUUAUAGAAACGAGCGCCAAGACGCAGGAUGGAGUCCUGCACGCCUUCGAGGAGCUUGUCCUGAAGAUUCUGCAGACGCCGGGUCUUCGGGAUGGAGGGAAGCGCGGAGUGCGGCUGGCGGCGCCCUCGGCACAGCAGGGGAAGGGCCCGUGUGGUGCCUACUGCCCGCUGGCGUGA